GCAAACAUCUGCCGUCGGUCUUUUGCAGCACGAGGUAAGCUGACGCUUGCCACUCCACCGUGAUGUUGAUCAAGAAACAUCAAGAGCGGGUCGCGAUCUGAUUUUUACUGAACCCGGGCAGACUUUUCCACCAUUCUGGGCACUCAAAUACUCGGAAGGUUGCAAUGCCGACAGGUCAACAACACUGUCUUCGCAUCUUCUUCACUUUGUCCACCUCUGAGCAAAAACGCGACGGCGUCGAGUGCUGUCACCUCAUUAUUUUUGCGAAUCAAGUUUGCACAAGUUGCGACUUGACCCUGCGGCUUAAAAAGAGGGGUGUCUUUCAUUCCAAGAUGGCCGCCAACAUUCCGGGCAUCAUUUCCAUGGUCUUCUUCUACGCACUGGUCCUCUGCAUCGGGAUCUGGGCGUCAGUCAGGUCCAGGAGGUUGAAGCGCAAGCAGAUGAGCGGCAUUCUGGAGAUGUCGUUGCUUGCAAACCGUAACAUCAGCCUGCUGGUGGGGGUCUUCACCAUGACAGCCACGUGGGUCGGAGGCGGCACAAUUGUGGGUCUCGCCGAGAUGGUGUACACACCCUACAUGGGCGUGGCCUGGGCUACCGCUCUCGUGCUGGGCGACAGCACAUCCUUUAUUAUUGGCGGGCUGGUGUUUGCUGGGCCGAUGCGCGCAACCCAAUGUGUCACCAUGAUGGAUCCCUUCCAGCGCAAGUAUGGCAAAGGCCUGACGGCCGUCUUCAGCUCCAUCUCGAUCUUCCUCGACGUCCUCUGGGUGCCCGGCACCCUCACCGGCCUGGGCGUGACCAUGAGCGUGGUCCUGGACAUGUCGUUCAGCGUGUGCAUCUGGAUCUCGGCUUGCGUGGCCAUCACGUACACCCUGUUGGGCGGCCUCUACUCGGUGGCCUACACCGACGUCAUCCAGCUGCUCCUCAUCUUCUUCAGCCUGUGGCUGUGCGUUCCGUUCGCGGUGUCCAAUCCUCACGUGGUACCCAUCGGUUCCACAACGAUGAACAACACGCUGCACGCGCCCUGGGUCGGCGACUGGAACGUCAGCAACAUAUGGAUCCUCGUGGAUAGCUUCUUCAUGUGGGCUUUGGGCAGUCUGGGAUAUCAGUCCUUCCAUCAGAGGACGCUGUCCAUGUCGUCCCCAUCCACCGCCAAGCGCGUUUGCUUCAUCUCCGCCGCCGUCUUCAUCGUGUUCUGCAUCCCGCCGGUGCUGCUGGGGGCUGUGGGGGCAUCCACGGACUGGAACGCGACAUCAUAUGGUUCUCCGUCCCCUUACGAACGUGACGAGGCGGCGCUGGUUCUUCCCCUGGUGCUGCAGACCCUGACGCCGUCCUACGUCUCCAUCAUGGGCAUCGGCUGCGUCGCCGCUGCCGUCAUGUCGUCGACCGACUCCGCCCUGCUGUCUGCCGCCUCCGUCUUCACCGCCAACCUCUACAAAAACAUCCUCAGGCCGCAGGCGUCGGAACGCGAGCUGCAGCUGGCCAUCCGGGCGACGGUGGUGGUGGUGGGCGUGGUCGGGACGGCGCUGACCCGCCUGAAGGCCAGCGUGGUCAUCUUCUGGAUCGUGACGUCUGAGAUUUCCUACAACGUGGUUUUCCCGCAGCUGCUCUGUGCCGUCUUCUUUACCGGCACCAAUACAUACGGCGCCAUCCUGGGCCUAGUGGCGGGCUUGGCCGUCCGCGUGUUGAGCGGUGAGCCCCUGCUGGGCCUGCCGCCCGUGUUGCGCUUCCCGGGCGGUAUUUGGGACCACCGUGCUGGCGUCUACGUGCAGCACUUCCCAGUCAAAACCUUCGCCAUGCUCUGCUCUCUGGCUUCCAUCUUGUUCUUCUCCUUCCUGGCGUCCCGGAUCUUCCGCCACCGCCUGCUUCCUGCUGCCUGGGACGUUUUGCACGUUUUCCAGAAGCCCACCCCCACCCAGGACCCCGCGUGCGUGGAGAACACCCUCGACGCCGCAGGGCCCAUGUUGACCACUGGCUGCUGAGUCAGCAGACACUCCAAAUUAAAUUGACUUUAUUGCCAACACACACACAUGCGCACGCACGC